AAAAUCAUCAGCUCUACCCACUCCACCUGUUCCUCUCGUUGUCUGUUCCAUCUCCUUCGAUAUUUCCCUUUUUCUCUACCGCACAGCACAACUGUUCUCCAUUUUCCAUUUGCAAAGAAAUCACUGUCAGAAAUACUUCACUCGCACCUGAGAUUUCAAACAUAAAUACUUUACUUCCCCAGUCGAAAGAUCACUUCACAGAACUUCCUUCAGUACCCUGAUAGCCAAUAGGAGUAUUUCGAAGACUGCGCCAUUCUCUCUCUGACUCAUCGAAACGGGUUCAAGGAGGGAGAAAGAGGGAGGGAAACCAAUUGAACUUUCUCCGCCUGCAUCUAACUGUCUGUUCGCGUGUGUGCAUUCUUCGUUUGUUUGAAAUGCGGGGAAGAACGGGCCGGAUCGGGAAAUCGGCGGCGAUUUGAUGGAAUCGGUGGUGGUGGUGCUGGACACAUUGCUUGAUGGAGUUAAGGAUUUGGUGUAGCCGAUGUGCUGGGUCUUCGAAAUCGUGGUUUUUGCGGACCAGGUUUCGCUGGGCCGUUGUUGUUUUCGAGAUUGCACUGAUAUUAGUAUGGUUUGAAGCUGGUUAUUCAAAUUCCCAAGAACACCAAUUGUGGCAACCCACAGAAAAGGGCGAUGAAAACAUUAUAUCACAUUCCUGCAUUCAUGAUGAGAUACUUGAACAAAGGAGGCGACCUGGUCGUAAGGUGUAUUCUGUGACGCCACAGGUUUAUGAGGGGUCUGCUAUCUCAAAACCCCUUCACCGCAAGGGGAGGGCAUUGCUCGGUAUUUCUAAACAUUCAGAGAAACAAAUAAAUGAGAAGCAACCUAUUAGGAUUUAUUUAAAUUAUGAUGCUGUUGGCCACUCGCAUGAUAGAGACUGUCGAAGUGUUGGGGACAUUGUAAAGCUUGGGGAACCUCCUCAGAAACCCAAUCGGGGGGUGCCAUCUUGUAGUCCUAAUGGUGAUCCUCCCAUUCUUGGUGACUGCUGGUACAACUGCACUUCUGAUGACAUCUCUGUGGAUGACAAAAAGCAUCGCCUUCGAAAGGCACUUGGGCGGACAGCAGACUGGUUCAGAAGAGCCUUAGCUGUUGAACCCGUGAAGGGGAGCUUGAGGUUAAGUGGAUAUUCUGCAUGUGGACAAGAUGGAGGUGUACAGCUUCCACGGGAAUAUGUAGAGGAUGGUGUUGCUGAUGCAGACUUAGUUCUUCUGGUAACUACAAGACCUACAACAGGCAACACUCUUGCAUGGGCAGUGGCAUGCGAACGGGAUCAAUGGGGUCGUGCAAUUGCUGGACAUGUUAAUGUUGCUCCUCGCCACUUGACUGCAGAAGCAGAAACCUUACUUUCGGCCACACUCAUACAUGAGGUCAUGCAUGUUCUUGGGUUCGAUCCCCAUGCCUUUGCACAUUUUCGGGAUGAGAGGAAAAGAAGGCGUAGUCAGGUUACUGAACAGGCUCUGGAUGAAAAACUGGGACGGCAGGUUACACGUGUUGUGCUUCCCCGGGUUGUUUUGCAUUCUCGCUACCAUUAUGGGGCAUUCUCUGAAAAUUUCACUGGUUUAGAGCUAGAAGAUGGCGGUGGGCGUGGUACUUCAGGAUCCCACUGGGAGAAAAGGCUUCUGAUGAAUGAGAUCAUGACGGGAUCAGUGGAUACAAGAUCGGUUGUUUCGAAAAUGACACUGGCCUUGUUGGAGGAUAGUGGAUGGUACCAAGCGAAUUAUAGCAUGGCUGACCGUCUUGACUGGGGAAGCAACCAAGGAACUGAAUUUGUUACCACCCCUUGCAAUCUUUGGAAGGGAGCAUACCAUUGCAACACGACGCAGUUGUCAGGCUGUACAUAUAACAGGGAGGCAGAAGGUUACUGCCCUAUUGUAAGUUACAGCGGGGACCUUCCUCAGUGGGCCCGUUAUUUUCCUCAAGCGAACAAAGGUGGGCAGUCAUCGUUAGCUGAUUAUUGCACUUACUAUGUAGCUUAUUCGGAUGGAUCAUGCACAGAUAUGAACAGUGCUCGAGCACCUGACAGAAUGUUGGGUGAGGUGAGAGGAAGUAAAUCAAGGUGUAUGGCUUCAUCAUUAGUACGAGUUGGGUUCGUAAGGGGUUCUACGAACCAAGGGAAUGGCUGUUAUCAGCACAGGUGUAUAAAUGACUCGCUAGAGGUUGCUGUGGAUGGCAUUUGGAAAGUGUGUCCUGAGGCUGGUGGACCAGUUCAGUUUCCUGGAUUCAAUGGUGAGCUGAUUUGCCCUGCAUACCACGAAUUAUGCAACACAUACUCAAACCCUCUGUCUAGGCAAUGUCCCAAUUCGUGUAACUUUAAUGGAGACUGUGUUGAUGGAAGGUGUCAUUGCUUGCCAGGGUUUCAUGGCCAUGACUGUAGUAAACGCUUUUGCCCUAGCAAUUGUAAUGGGCAUGGCAAGUGCCUUCAAAACGGUAUUUGUGAAUGUGCAAAAGGAUACACUGGCAUUGACUGCUCCACUGCUGUCUGUGACGAACAAUGCAGCCUUCAUGGAGGGGUGUGUGAUAAUGGACUAUGUGAGUUCCGCUGCUCAGACUAUGCUGGCUACACUUGCCAGGACAGCUCUCUGCUCAUUGCCAAUCUUUCAGUUUGCAAAGAUGUGCUGAGUGGUGAUGGACCUGGACAACAUUGUGCACCUAGUGAAGGUAUAUUGCAGCAGCUAGAAGAAGUUGUUGUGCUUCCUAACUACAACCGAUUGUUCCCAGUUGCUUCUCCUGGAAAGUUUUUGAAUCUAUUUAAGAGUACCAACUGCGAUGCAGCUGCUAAGCGGCUAGCUUGCUGGAUUUCGAUCCAAAAGUGCGACAAUGACGGUGACAAUAGGCUUCGCGUGUGCCAUUCAGCAUGCCAUUCAUAUAACUUAGCAUGUGGGGCCUCACUUGACUGCUCAGACCAAACGCUGUUUAGUAAUGUGGGUGAGGGCGAAGGUCAGUGCACGGGCUCUGUUGAGAUUCCAUUGCCCUGGUAUAGUGGCUUUAGGAGCUGGUUUUUCUGGUAACAGUUCACAAGAACUAGUUCUGUAAAUUCUAGGCAGCUUUUUCGAUUUUCCCUUCCCUUGGGGGGUGGGUUAGUUUUUUAUUUAUAGGUUUUCUAGAGUAGGAAAAUGGCACGAAUUGCACGUGCAGUAGAAGUUAGGAUUUUCCUUUCACCAUUCCAAAGUUCAUUUAGAAAGGAGUGGGUGGAAAUGUUUACUAAAUUUGGCUUUCACAAUCGAAAGUCCAGAUGUAGAGUAAUUGCAACUGUAUGGAAAAUGGGGAAGGAUCAAACAAAACAGAAAAAAGAAAAAAAGGGGUUUGUUGAGAUGAGCAAACGAUGAGUUUUGGCCCAAGGCCAAAAUGAAUGAAAAAAGGGCAGUUUCUGCUUU